AUGACGGGCUCCUGGGAUAAGACUUGCGUGGUGUUUUCGAUCAAAGAAAUGGAUAACGAGAGUCCACAAAUUCUACGUCUAGUUGGACAGGCACAAAUACUCGCGGUUCAUUCACUUCCCGAGAAGGACUUGUACUUAACAGCGGGAUCCGAUAGAGUCAUUCGUUUUUGGAAGAAAGAUACUGAAAUUCGGCAAUUUACAGGCCACAAGGAUGUUGUGAGGGCUUUAUCGGUUCGCUCGAACGAACAGUUUAUAUCUGCAUCAAAUGAUUCUACGAUUCGAAUUUGGGAUAUAGAAAGCGGUGCAUGUAUAGGAAAGAUUUCUUCAAACUUUGACUCUUACAUCUACAGUCUCACUUCUCUCGGCGACAAAUUAGUCACAACCAGUGAAGGCGGUUACAUUGAGAUUUGGGAGCCUCAAGCGGAAAAUAAAUUACUCUUUCAAAAUCAACAAAUCAUCAAGACGCCGGCUCAGUCAAUUUGGGAUGCAUGUUUUAUGUUGAAUGGCGAUCUUGUUACCGCUGGAAGUGAUGGACGUAUUUAUGUUUGGACAACGAAUGAAAAACGAAAGGCUCCACAAGCGAUUAUCGAAGCUCUGGAUGCUGCGUUAGCUGCUCAAACAGCUAAAGAAGCUGAAAUUGCAGAAAAACAAGCUGGCGGAAAAGUGGUCAUCAAAGUAGCACUAGAUGAUGGAGCACCAUCAUUGGAGUUGAUCUAUGAGAAGGGUACCGAUCCAUCAAUUGCCGCCGAGAAGUUUAUCAGAGAUAACGAUCUCCCCAUCUCCUAUCUUUCCGAAAUCACCGAAUACAUCAAAGCAAACAUUCCUGAAGCAAGAGCGGCGGUGGCAGCAAAGAUGAAGCCACAGGAAACUCAGCGAGUUGAAGUCGAUGGAGAGAAAUGGGACUACGCUUUUGAUAUAUCGGUUGACGAUGGAAGAAAAUUGCGUCUUUGUUAUAACACUGGUGAAGACGUCGAUUAUGCAGCACAGCGAUUUGUGGAAAAAUACAACUUGCCAAUGAAGUUUUUGGCGCAGAUCUCAACUUUUCUUCGACAACAAAUGACUGAAGCUGGAGCAACAAAAGGAUAUACAGAUCCAUACACCGGCGGAUCAAGUUAUGUGCCGGAAAGUCAAACAAACAUUGGUGGAAGUGUUGCUGAUCCUUUCACUGGCGAAGGGAGAUAUAUUCCUUCAUCUUUUGAGCCUACACCUAUGGAUAUAUCAUCCGGCGAUCCUUUGACAAGUGGUGGAAGGGCUAAAAAUUUAAGAUCACAAACU